UCGACAAAUCAAAAAUUACUAUAUUUACGUACAUAUUUAUGCCGACUUUGAUAUAAAAUGAUUUGCCUUUAACAGAAAUCAUCAGCACUCAGAAACAUACUGGAUAUGGCUCUCAAGUUUUUAAUUUUUGUAUGUGCCUGCGCCAAGUUUGCAACUGGUCAGUUGCACGAUUUUCAUACGGGAAUAGGUUACAUUGACGGCCGACAAGUGAGGAUCGAUGACAGGCUAGAUGAUAGAUUAGGUGGGAGAAUAUCGCAAAGUUUAUUACCAUCCAUUCAUGGAGUUCGACCUCUUGGACGCCCGUUGGGUACCGGCCAAAUAGUUGUAUCAGGCGGUCAUGACGGUCACUUGUCACAUUUAGGACAACUAAAUCCACAAGCACUCCGACAAUGUCCAAGAAAUCGUUGCUCCCUGGAGCUAAUUCCUCGAAGGUGUCAAUAUACGCCAGUGAUGCGAUCUGGUUUUGGUACCUACUGUCUCGGCUGUCCGGAAGAUGUUUGCGAGAACACACAGGGAAGGUUGACACAGAGGCAAAGAAGAAGGAGGCGAAGAAUGAGGCGUCGUCUAUGCAGGGAGUUUAACAUCUGUUUGGGAAGAACUGCAAGUAAUGGAGUUGGAUCGCGUAGAAACAGAGUCAGUGUAUCAGUUAAUGGAAUUGAUCGACAUGAUCGACACGACUCAUUAUUCCAUUGAUAAAAGAGACAUGAACAUCAGUGAAUGAGAGUUUACAUUAAAGACAAUAUCAAUUGAAACGGCAUCAGCUGCCUCAACAUAUCACUUAAGUAUUUUAUUAUUCAUUCUGAUCCAUCCAGAGUCAUCUUAUGACUUUCAUUUGCUGUCUAAAUAGUUAUUUAAUAUAUUCUUUGAAAUAAACAUUUGAAAUCAGA